AUGGCGGGCUCGGAAGAGCUGGGGCUCCGGGAGGACACGCUGAAGGUCCUAGCUGCCUUCCUAAAGCGGGGUGAGGCUGCUGGGUCCCCCCUCCCGACCCCACCCAGGACCCCUGCCCAGCAGGAGCCAACAGACUUCCUGAGCCGCCUUCGAAGAUGCUUUCCUUGCUCUUUGGGUGGAGAAGCAGUUCCCCCUGAGUCUCCUCGGCCUUGCUCCCUGCCCCUUCGCCCCUGCUAUGAUGCGCAGCCUGGCCCAGCGACUCCGGACUUCUAUGCCCUCGUGGCCCAGCGGCUGGAACAGCUGGUCCAAGAGCAGCUGAGAUCCCCACCGAGCCCAGAGGUACAGGGUCCCCCAGCCACGGAAAAGGAAGCCCUGCUGCGGAGGCUGGUGGUCUUGCUGGAGCAGGAGGCGGAAGCCAUUAACCAGAAGCUGGCCUCGGACCCCGCCCUGCGCCGCAAGCUGGCCCGCCUCUCCGCCGGCUCCUUCGCCCGCCUCGUGGAGCUGUUCUCCAGCCGGGAGGGCAGCCCCUGCCCCAGCCGCGCGGGCCCCUCCGUGGGGUGCCCGGGGCCCCCGCCGCCUUCCCCGGAGCCCCUGGCCCGCCUGGCCCUGGCCAUGGAGCUGAGCCGGCGCGUGGCCUGGCUGGGGGGCACCCUGGCCGGGCUCAGCGUGGAGCACGUGCACAGCUUCACGCCCUGGAUCCAGGCCCAGGGGGGCUGGGAGGGCAUCCUGGCCAGCUCCCCCGUGGACUUGAACUUGCCCCUGGACUAG